CGCGGCUGGUAGGGCCCUGGGUGAUGUAACCGGGUUGUUUAGCUUCACCUUUGGGAUAGUGUGCAGAAAAUGCGUUGUGUGUCGCUGGCAGCGUUAGCCCGCUGUGCACAACCCGCCCAGGGGCUGACUGGUUUGGGAGUGUCUGGAUUUGGAGUUGUGUCAGUAGCAAACAAACGGACGACAAUGUUUUGACAGCAUUUGAAGAUUUUCUACUCACUGUUUAUGGUUUUCAUAAGUCUGUAAGAGGAUUUUCCUCAGAAGCAAUGUCUUUGGUCCCAGUAGCACCUUAUACAUACACACCCCUGAAUCUACUUAAGGAUGGCGCAGUUGUCAAUGUCUGUGGUGUUGUGAAGUUCUUUAAGCCUCCCUACUUAAGCAAAGGAACUGAUUAUUGUUCCGUUGUAACAAUUGUGGACCAGACAGGUGUGAAGUUAACAUGCCUGCUCUUUAGUAGGAAGUAUGAGGACCUUCCAGUCAUUUAUAAAGUUGGCGACAUUGUGUGUUUCCGCGGGCUGAAGAUCCAAGUAUAUAAAAACGAACUUCAGGCAAUCAGCAACUAUGGUUUUGCAUCUUUGACAUUUGAUGGUACUUUAAUGUCUCCUGUGACACUGCGCACUUCAGGCAAAAACUUUAACAUCACUGCUCUGGACCGCAAUAUGGUAGAAGCCUUGCGGGCUUGGGCAUCCACACAUGUGCCACCUUCCUCCACCCUCCUGCCACUCUCUGACGUCCACCCCAUGCAGUACUGUGACCUGACCUGUCAGCUCCUGGGCAAAGCGGAAGUGGAUGGGACAUCUUUCCUUCUGAAGGUAUGGGAUGGCACCAGGACGAAGUUUCCCUCUUGGAGAGUCUGCAUCCAAGACCUUGUGCUGGAAGGUGACUUAAGUCACAUUCUGCGGCUACAGAAUCUGGUGAUAGACGUUGUAGUUUAUGAUAAUCAUGUCCAAAUGGCAAAAUCCCUGAAGAUUGGAAGCUUUCUUAGAAUCUAUAGCCUCCAUACCAGACUUCAGCCAGUUAAUUCAGAGUCCAUGACUUCACUGAUAAGGUUGGAGUUUCAUCUUCAUGGAGGGACCAGCUAUGGUCGGGGGAUCAGAGUCUUACCAGAAAGUAACCCUGAUGUAGAUCAGCUGAAAAGAGCUUUAGAAUCUGUAGAUUUGGCAGCCAUUCAGCCCUCAAAUGAUACCUGUCAAUCAGAAGAUGAAGAUGACUGUUUAACACCUUCACACUCUGACUCAGACUUGGUUUCACUGUAUGCAGUAGAAAGAUGUCAGCAAUUCUGUGCUACAAAACUUAUAGAUCACCACUAUUUAGAGAAGACACCACUGCAUGCCAUUUUGCAGCAAAGAGCUCCUCGACAAUAUCGAAUCCUAGCAAAACUGAGAUCAUAUGAGCCCAGAAGACUUUUCCAGUCUGUUAAACUUCUUUGUCCUAAAUGUAAUUCAUUGCAAGAAGUUCCAUGUGAGGAAAAUGUGGAUAAAAUUUUUCAGGAUGCUGCAACUAAAUCUCCAGAGAGCAAACUGCAAGGUACAUCACUGUAUGACUCAGAGGUCUGGACCACCAAAGGUCAAGGAGGACGUCAUGUCGCUAUCCAUUUUGUGAAAAACGAUGGCAUCCUCCCUCUUUCAGAUGAAUGUCUAAUUUUGAUAGAAGGAGGACGACUCUGUGAAAUUUCUAAACUGUCAAGCAUGUUUGGCGGUGUGAUCCCUGUGAGGUCCGGCCCUGAGGACCUGGAGCUCCUAGACCUUGCAGCACCAUUCCUCAUACGAGGAAAGGUGUGUCACUAUGGAUGUAAACAGUGCUCAAACUUGAAACCCAUACAAAACCUAAGAACCAUUCCUAAUAAAAGACUGUGGAUUCCUUCUUCUGUGGCAGAAGUUUUGGGCAUUGUUCCUCUGCAGUAUGUGUUUGUCAUGAUGUUCAGUUUUGAUGAUGGAACAGGAGUAUUGGACGCUUACCUUAAGGAUUCUGAGCAAUUUUUCCAGAUCCCAGCAUCCGAAGUCCUCACUGAUGACAGCCUUCAGGGGAAUCUGGAAAAGGUCAUGAAUGUGAUUUGUCCUCCAGGAAUAAAAAUUGAUGCGUACCCGUGGCUCGAGUGCCUCAUCAAGUCCUACAACGUCACAAGCGGAACACAGCAGCGAAUAUGUUACCAGAUAUUCGACACCACGGUUGCAGAAGACAUCAUCUAGUGACUCUUCGGUGCCGUGUAUAGGGGUUUUAUGGUCAAAAAAAACACUUUUGUCAAAGUACCUUCAGAUUUUCACUACAGCUUAAGUUCUUUUGUACAGAAAGACAUUUCUUGUGAAUAUGCUACAAUACCUAUUGCUCAACAUGCCUAGGGUUACUACUACAGUUACAGACAGGACCAAACAUCCAUUCUUCUUGCUGUUCCUUCAGGAGUGCUAUGUUAUUACUGGUGGGCCCUGAGGCUCCGUCUCCCACCGUGAGACUCCUCUUUCUAUGCUGCCACCCACCGUCCCCUCCUUGGGUUUCAUUUUCUGUCCUGAGUUUUACACCAGCAGUUGAUGGUAAUGUGGGUAUAGAUGAGAUAUCCUUGAGCUCUUGCAUUCAUUGAUAAAACAGUGGUGGCUACUUUUCUCUCAACCUAUUCCAUUUUCCUUUAUUUAUGUACAGAGGAAGUGCUUAGCCAGUCCUGGGGAAGGAAGUCUUCCUGUACCUUCACACGCACAAAUGUUUGUCUGAGUGAGCUACAAUGUACUAAAGAGAGUAUUGGACUUAAGGAAGAGUGGCAGAGUUUUGUUUGGUGCUUAAGUUGCCCAUUUUAGGGUGAGUCUGUCACUUUAAACCAGAUGUGUUUGAUUUCUACUUCUCUCUGUAAAUAUUCCAUCCUAUACCAGAUAAGAGGUGAUUAAAUUUAGGAUUUUUCUUAGCUGAAAAACUAUUAUAUUUUUAAUAGCCUUGUGUAAAAAUAUUCCUACAUUGCAAUAGAAUGAUAUGCUUUUUAACUCAGUGGUGUUUAUCAAGUUUAAAAUCAUGAGUAGUCAAUUCCUAUUGUACAUAUGUGUACAUAUGCAUUUGUGUAUUUGCUAAAAAUAGAGGGAUAAUAGAUCUGUGUGGCUUAAAAUAAUAAGAAAUAAAUACAUGUAUUUCUACAGCUUCAA